GUAAAGUUUUCUAAUCAUUUACGAAAGAAAAAGCCCCCUAAUCAAUAAUUGAAAAACGCUUUUUUCAAUACAUUAUAAAAAUAUUGAAUAUUUUCUGGGGCUGACAAAGCGGCCACUUCGUCAAUCGCGGAUUCUGCCACCACAGGGAUAUCUAUAAAGAUCUAAUCUCAAGUUCUCGACUCGAGUUUUUAUAAGCACAACGUGAAUUGUGCCUCGUUCACUCUCGAUCAACUUGCAUGCUGAGAAUAGUUUCUUCAAAUAAGCCAACCAAUCAAUCACCAUUCAAAUGGCCGGUUUUCUCUCAAUAUUUCGAGGUGGCUGUAAAGCACUUUUUACCUCCUUGACUUCCGUCCGUUCCACCUUCAGAAAAUGGUUCCGUCGUGAAGUUAGGCCAGCACUCCAGGGCAUCAUUUCCGCAAUCAACCGUCUCUACUCUAUUCAUGUGCGUCCAUUCGCAUCACCCGUUGUUCAGUUCAUCUACAACCACCCACUUUCAAUAGCCCUUGGACUUCUGAGCAUCAUCGUGAUUAUCUGGCCUGGCAUUGUUACCGCACCAUUUCUUGCUCUCUUGGGUUUUAUGGUUCUAGGCCCUGUUGCUGGAUCUAUAGCCUCGCUUACUCAAUCGAUCUUCGGGAACGUUGCUGCUGGUAGUGUAUUCGCGGCUUUGCAAAGCGCUGGUAUGGCAGGUUAUGGGCUGGUGAUAAUUAACGGUGUUGUUAUUGGGAUCGCUGUUUUGGUCUUGGCUAUGGUGAUUAUUCAAUUUUAUUGCUGAGAGGCAAAUCUGAAAAGACAAGAAUUUAUGGUAGAGGAGUCGAUUAAGUGGCUGUAAGUUAUCAUGAGAUGGUCGACGCGGAUAGUUUCAAUGAGCCUUGUGUAGAUGAGGAAAUAGUAGUGAGGUAUGUUUGAAUUAUUACUUCA